UGUCCGAAGAUUACCUAGGAGGAGGGAGAGAAAAACAAGACUCGAUGGACCGACCAAACACAUUUCAAGAAUCAGACUCCGCCGCAGUUACUGCAAGGAGGAUCGGCAGGAGGAGAAGCAACAAGAUCAACGACGGCGAUGAAUACAAAUCCAAGAACCUUCACACCGAGAGACGUCGAAGGCAUAAGCUGCACUACCGGCUUCUCGCUCUUCGUUCUCACGUCCCCAUCAUCACCAACAUGAACAAAGCGAGUAUAGUCGACGAUGCCAUAACUUACAUUCGAGAGCUUCAGAUUAAAGUGGAGGGCCUCUCUGAGAAGCUGCAUGAGAUGGAAGUCUCGGAAGUUGAAGAAGAGACGGAUCUGAAUCCUAAAGUGACCAAAGAUUCUCGAGAAGAGAUGGAAAACCACGGGAUCGAGGAAGAUGUUUACGUGACCAAGAUCGGCGAGAGCAAGUACUGGUUGAAGAUCAUCGCUUCCAAGAAAGUUGGAGUCUUCACCAAGUUCAUGGAGGUGAUGAACUUUGCCGGGUUAGAGAUCAUCGACAUUAGCAUUACCACCUCCAGUGGAGCCAUUCUUGUUUCGUCUUCUGUUCAGAGAAUUCACGAGGGUUCAGUCGACGUUGAACAGAUGAGGGGUUUGCUGAUGGAUGUCACGAGGAACGCGUGAUGAAGAAUAUACAC